AAAUAUAAUUUUCCGGGAAAAUCCACAAGCAGCAAGCUAAAACCCUUUUCCUGGGAAUCAAUCAACCAUAAAGCAGAGUGAAGUCGGUCUGAUCUGAUCAUCGGAGGUAGGAGAGAGAAGAAUGGCAUCGUCAUCGAGCAGCGGACUGACAUUCAAGCUCCACCCACUCGUAAUCCUCAACAUCUCCGAUCACUACACUCGUCUUAAGUCCCAAUCACAGCCACCUCACGCCGCCGCCAACGGCGGCGAAGCAACCAUCUUCGGCUGCGUCAUCGGCGUCCAGAGGGGACGCACGGUCGAGAUCUUCAACAGCUUCGAGCUCCUCUCCGAUCCCUCCACCCAUUCCCUCGAUCGACCGUUCCUCGAGAAAAAGCAAGAACUUUAUAAGAAAGUAUUUCCCAAUUUCUAUAUACUGGGAUGGUAUUCAACUGGAAGUGAAGCCCAAGAAGCAGAUAUGCAGAUACACAAAGCUUUGAUGGAUAUUAAUGAAAGCCCCGUGUAUGUUCUUCUCAACCCUUCAAUCAAUCAUGCACAGAAGGAUCUUCCAGUGACUAUAUAUGAAAGUGAGCUGCACGUCAUAGAUGGGAUUCCGCAGCUUAUUUUUGUCCGUUCAAGCUACACUAUUGAGACGGUGGAAGCAGAACGAAUCUCAGUUGACCAUGUUGCCCACCUUAAACCAUCUGAUGGAGGUUCUGCUGCAACUCAAUUGGCUGCUCACCUAACGGGCAUACACAGUGCUAUCAAGAUGCUGAAUAGUAGAAUCAGAGUGCUUCACCACUAUCUUCUUGCCAUGCAGAAAGGUGACAUACCUUGUGAAAAUUCAUUGCUUAGACAAGUUUCUAGUCUCUUGAGGAGAUUACCAGCCAUUGAAUCUGAGAAAUUUCAAGAUGAUUUCUUGAUGGAAUACAAUGACACCUUAUUGAUUAGUUACCUGGCCAUGUUCACCAACUGCUCAAGUACUAUGAAUGAACUGGUUGACAAAUUCAACACUGCGUAUGACAGGCAUAGUAGAAGGGGAGGUCGAUCUGCUUUUUUCUGAAAGUCGCUCAAUAUUUUCAGUCCAUCGCCCUGCAUACUUGAGAAGAAUCAGCAGCACACCCUUUUGUGUGCAUAGCAUUGGAUCUUAGAAGGCAUGACAAAUAGGGUCGUUAAAUAGUUUUUUGGUUUUCCCAUUUGAGGUGUAUCUUCUGUGCUUUUUUUCUUAUUGUUGAGUGGAUGUUUAUUGGGGCUAACAAUGAUUUGAAUGGGCAUGUGUUUGUGACCUCUAGCUGUGGGUUUUUUCCCCUAGUACAGGCACUUACUAUUCAAAUUGCUAAUUUUUUGAUUUUACGUUCAUAGAAAAAUGCAUAUAUUCCUUGUGUGCAUGUUAUCUAGCAAAAUUAUGCCUAACAAUGCUCUGCUUAUUAAUUUUAGAAUCUGGGAAUUCUUGGAA